GUCCUGUGGCUUCCGAUCGAUUCCAACCUCAAGCAUAAUGGUGUCAUUUAUGCAAAGUGAUGGUCAUUUUCUCGCGGUAGAACUUUGACGCACUUUUCAAGCUCUUCCAAGUGGAUCGCUCUGAUUUUAAUUUUUUUUUUUUUUUAUUUGGUUGAAUAUUUUAUCAGUGGUUUUGAUUGUCAAACUCUCAGACUGAUGAAUGACUGCGCAAGUGCUUCACAUUUUUAAAAUAACCCAAGAAGAAAAAUGGAUAGUUUUGUUUUUUCAUGUUUUCUUCUAUUUAUUAACGAAGCUUACGCACUUCGGUAUGGAAACGCCAACAGUCUUCAGUCUUAUAUGCCCAAUGUGUGUAUGGAGAGGGAGGUGACCCUGGUUGCCCAAAGGCAGCCAUGUGUGCAGGCCUUCACACGCAUGGUUAAAGUCUGGAAGCAAGGCUGUGUGGGCCAGUCCUGGUGCAUGGGAUAUGAGAGGAGGACGGCGUACUACACAGCAUACAGACAAGUGUACAGACAGGAUUAUCAGACUGUGUACAAGUGUUGCCCCGGAUGGUCCCAACUAAAUGGAGAGGCAGGAUGUCUAUAUCCUGUAUGCAGCUACGGUGUAUGCUUCAAUGGAGGACAGUGUCGGGAGGGAUCCACCCAGCUCUGUGACUGUCCUGCAGGGUUCAAUGGGCCAAGCUGCCAGUAUGAUGUGAAUGAGUGUGAGGAGACCAAUGGAGGCUGCGAGGCUCUCUGCUGUAACACCAUUGGAAGUUUCUACUGCAGGUGUCCACCCGGGCAGAAACUAAAUGAAGAUGGUAAAACCUGUCAGGAUAUUGAUGAGUGCCAGGUCCAUAAUGGCGGCUGCCAGCACAGAUGCGUUAACACCAGGGGCUCCUACUAUUGCGAAUGCCACCCAGGCUCUCGCUUGCACGUCGAUGGCCGCACCUGCCUCGCUGUCCAUUCCUGCUCCAUCGGUAACGGGGGAUGUGAACACUACUGUGUGCAGCAGUCAGUCGCUCAUUUCCGCUGCCGCUGCAAGCCAAAUUACGUGCUGGAAGAGGAUGGGAAGCACUGUAAAUUGCAGGAUCCUUGUGCAGAUCGGAACGGAGGCUGCAUGCAUGAAUGCCGCGCUGAUGGUGGCAAAGCUCACUGUGACUGUAAAGUUGGUUACAUUCUAGCAGAAGAUGGGAAAACAUGUGAAGAUAUCGAUGAGUGUGAAACAGAAGAGGCCAACUGUGCUCACGGUUGUCACAAUACACUGGGAUCAUAUGCGUGUGUGUGUAACACUGCCUAUGAGUUGGGAGCUGAUGGAAGACAAUGUUACAGAAUUGAGAUGGAGAUUGUGAAUAGCUGUGACAACAACAAUGGUGGCUGUUCACACCACUGCCAGCAUUCAACCAAUGGGCCUGUUUGCUCCUGUAACCAUGGAUACCAUUUGGAUGAUGACCUUAAAACCUGUACUGACAUGGAUGAAUGUGGGGAGCAGAGCUCCUGCUGUGAACAGGACUGCACCAACUACCCCGGAGGUUAUGAAUGCUACUGCUCAGCAGGAUACAGACUGAACUCAGAUGGAUGUAGCUGUGAUGAUGUGGAUGAGUGUCUGGCAGCGAACGGCGGUUGUGAUCACACAUGCCAGAACAACGCUGGGUCCUUCCAGUGUUUCUGCCGCCGGGGUUUCCGUCUGGAUGAGGACCGGCUCUCCUGCAUCCCUCUAGAAGGUGCAGUCGAGGCUCUGUCCAGCAGAGGUGCCAUUGAGCUGCCUCUCAUUCGCCCCCAGCUUACCUUGUUGCAGGAUUACAACCAACCACUGGAGCGUUAUGAUGACUACGAAGAUGACGAAGGGGAGCUUAGAGCUGAGAGUAACCUCGCAGAGAAAUUUGUGUGUUUGGAUGACACUUUUGGAAACGACUGCAGUUUGACAUGCGACGACUGUUCUAAUGGAGGAAAAUGCAAUCCGUUGAAAAAUGGCUGUGAUUGCCCCAAUGGAUGGACGGGCAUCAUCUGCAACCAGACGUGCCCUGAGGCAUAUUUUGGUAAGAACUGCUCCUUCCCCUGUAAGUGUAAAAAUGGUGCCAGCUGUGAUCCUGUCAGUGGGAGCUGCCGUUGUCCACCGGGGGUCAGUGGGGAUCUGUGCCAGGAUGGCUGCCCUAAGGGCUUCUACGGGAAGCAGUGCAAUAAAAAGUGUAACUGUGCCAAUAACGGACGCUGCCAUCGGACCUACGGAGCCUGUCUGUGUGAUCCAGGACUGUACGGACGCUUCUGCCACCUCCCCUGUCCCAAGUGGACAUUUGGACCAGGCUGCUCUGAGGAGUGUCAGUGUGUCCAGCAGAACACUCUGGAGUGUCACCGUCGCCAUGGUACCUGUGUCUGUAAACCUGGUUACCAUGGCGACACUUGCAAAGAAGAAUGUAACCCAGGUACUUAUGGGAGCGGCUGCACCAGGAAGUGCGCCUGUCCUCAAGGAGUGUCAUGUGAUCAUGUGACUGGGGAGUGCCAAAGGAAAUGCCCGCCUGGUCAUCAUGGAGAGAGCUGUGAACAAGACUGUCCAGAGGGCAGGUUCGGAUCCGGCUGCAUCCACCCCUGUAACUGCACUGGAGCCCCGUGUGACAAAGUGACCGGCCAAUGCAAAUGUCCAGCAGGAACCUCAGGAAAGCAUUGUGAGAGCUUGUGUCCAGAGGGUUUCUGGGGUUCCGGCUGUACUGAAACCUGCCCGCUCUGUGAGAAUGGUGGCGUGUGUGAUAAACACAAUGGGUCGUGUAACUGCCCUCCAGGGUUUAUGGGCAAACUCUGCCAAAACUCAUGCCCGAGUGGACGAUUCGGUCAAGGAUGCCAAAUGAAGUGUGUGUGUGAGAACAAUGCUCGCUGUGACCCAGUGAGUGGGCGGUGUACCUGUGCUCCUGGCUGGACUGGACACAACUGCAGGAAAGCUUGUGAUGCAGGGAAGUGGGGAGCAGACUGUGCUGAGAAUUGCGACUGCAGAAACGGAGACGGCAGCUGUGAUGCCGUGACCGGACAGUGCAACUGUGAGGCUGGUUACACAGGAACACACUGCCAUCAGAAGUGCCCUGCAGGUAUGUUUGGUCUCGGGUGCCGCCAUCUGUGUCAAUGUGACAACAAGGCAUUGUGUGACCAUGUGAGUGGAGCUUGUACCUGCCAGGUGGGAUGGACCGGCACUUUCUGUGAAAAGCCGUGUCCUCAGGGUUUCUUUGGGCUGGACUGUCAGGAGAAGUGUCUGUGUCUGAAUGGAGGAAGCUGUGAUCAUGUCAGUGGGGUUUGCUCGUGUCCCGCUGGCUGGAUCGGCCCAUCCUGCAACCUGAUGUGCCCGACUGGUUUCUAUGGGGAGGGAUGUAACCAAACCUGCACUUGCCGUAACGAUGGCAUCUGCCACCCGGCCACUGGGCAGUGUGUGUGCACACCAGGCUGGACUGGACCCAACUGCACAGAAGAAUGCCCUGCAGGGUUUUAUGGAGCAGACUGUCGACAGCGCUGCUUGUGCCAGAAUGGAGCCACCUGUAACAAGACCAGUGGAAAAUGUGCAUGCGCCAGUGGGUGGACGGGCACCGCCUGUGAACUGGAGUGUGUAGCGGGUCGGUUCGGGGCCGACUGCCUGCAGGAGUGUGAAUGUGAGAAUGGCGGCCAGUGCGACAGGCAGAGCGGACGGUGCAGCUGCAGCGCCGGCUGGAUCGGAGACCACUGUGAAAAAGCAUGUGAACCAGGUCUGUUUGGUUCUGGCUGUGAGGAGAGAUGUCGGUGUGUGCACGGGGCGACAUGUCACCACGUCACUGGAGAGUGUAACUGUCCACCAGGGUGGAGAGGAAAGCCCUGUGACAAAGCGUGUUUGCCGGGUACCUAUGGGAAGGGCUGCGCUCAGCGCUGCAGCUGCGCUCAGGGCACGUCCUGCCACCACAUCUCAGGGGAAUGUGGAUGUCCUCCUGGAUUCACUGGAAACGGCUGUGAACAGACUUGUCUCCCAGGAACCUUUGGGCAGAACUGUAACCAGGUCUGUCAGUGUUCUGAGACGAACCAGCUCUGCCACCCGGUGUCCGGAUCGUGUUACUGUGCCCCAGGUUUCCAAGGCCCCAAAUGUGACCAAAUCUGUGGGCAGGGUCGAUACGGACCUGACUGUGAACGGGAGUGUCAGUGUGAAAACGGAGGCAAAUGCAUCCCUUCCACCGGCGCCUGUGAAUGUCCGGCAGGCUUUAUAGGAGCACACUGUAACAUAACCUGUCCAGUGGGACGUUACGGAGUGGACUGUGCUCAGGUGGCGCUGUGCAGAGACGGAGCCCAGAACGACGCAGUGACCGGCCGCUGUGUGUGCGUGGCCGGGCGGAGAGGACAGGACUGUGCCCACGGCUGCCCUCCAGGCUGGUUCGGACCAGACUGCGCCCGACGCUGUGGCUGCACUAACGCUGGACUCUGUGACUCUGUGAGCGGAAACUGUACCUGUGGUCUGGGCUGGACCGGACCCCGCUGUGACCGAGAAUGUCCUUCAGGCACAUUCGGUGCCAACUGCCAGUUGAAAUGUAACUGUCAAAAUAACGGCACAUGUGACAGAGUGACGGGGAUGUGUCAGUGUGGUCCAGGCUACUACGGACAUGUGUGUGAACACGCGUGUCCUCCCGGUCUCCACGGUCCACUGUGUCAGCUUCAGUGCGACUGUAUGAACGGAGCCUCCUGUCACCCAGUGUCGGGUCAGUGCAUCUGUCCUCCAGGUUACCACGGCGCCCGCUGUCACCGAGUGUGUGAACAGGGUACGUACGGUCAGAGCUGUGCCAGGGUGUGUGACUGCGAAGGGAACAGUCCCUGUGAUCCGGUCACAGGAAAAUGUCUCUGCUCGUCAGGAAAGACUGGACCCAGAUGUGACAUCGACUGCAAAGCCAACCUGUUUGGGCCGGACUGCACCGAGACCUGCCAGUGUGAGAACGGGUCCCAGUGUGACCCGAGGAACGGCCGCUGCAGCUGCCUGCAGAGCUGGAUGGGAGUCUCCUGUCAGGAAGGAGGACCUCCACGCCUCACCUACAGCAACAGCAGAGACUCACAACACGACAACUCAUUAUAGCACCGCUGCCGCCGCCGGAGACUCCAACAAACAUCAGCUUUUCACCGAGGUGAGUGAAAGGUGGUGACAGGACGCUGUAGCAGCCGAAGGCACUCAUGGAAACGGACUCUGAUGAGAAAAACUCUUCCACGUUUGGGCAUGAGCUGGACGACGCCUUUGAAAGUUUUUGGUGCCAAAGUGUUUGAACAGUUGGAGUCUGACACUGUCCCCGGUACGUCUGUGUGUGAGGAGCACCAAAACAAACGCCUUUAGUCUUCAGAGAACAUCCACAGGCUGCAGCGCCACACAUCCACUCCUCCUCUGUGAGACUGAACCCAUGUUUACUGCACUAAUGUUAUUUAAUAUUUGUCUGCAGUUUGUACUCUCACACACACACACACACAGGUGCAGACCAGUACGAGCUUCACCACUAAAACAAGUUGCUCCAGUAAACCACGCUUUAUUUGCCUUCAGAGUAAUUCUGCAAAUAUGAAAAUCAGAGAACUGUGUCACAAAACAGAUCAAAUGUAUUUAACAUAAAAACCACCUCAGACCUCAGCUUCAUAAAGGCAACAUGAGCGAACAUGUUGAAAGAACGCAUAUAAUUCUGCAGGAGCUGUGCAACAGGCUGUCAGGAUAUUUCUGCUUCAAAUAACUUUCUCGAUCUGUAUAUAAAAUAAUUUCUUAUUUUGUAAAGCAAAAGCUGUUCUUGCUGGACUCUGAAGGUGUUUUUCCAUUAAUACAAUAUGAAGUACUACCCAGAAUCCCAUGUGCUACGCUGUAGCACUGUACUAUACAGCACAACAAAAGGCUGUACUGUUAUUAUCAUAGUUAGUUUCCUGAUUUAGUGAGAUACAUUUUCACUAAACUGUAAAAAAGGUGAUGAGUUAAAAAUAUUCAAAGAGGAAUGUAAAACCAAAGACACUCAGUUUGAUGUUGACAAAGAAAAUGAUUCAAUUCACAAACUUAAGAGACAAAAACCGGCAAAAUUCAGCCAUUUUAGUCGAUGUGACGGUUUUGUUCAAUGGAUAAACUGAUCCAGAUGAUAUUGAUCUUCGUCCAUUGUUUGGGACGAUGACUACACAGCAUCCAGGUGUUGAAAUAUUUCAUUGUAACUGUGUGUAUAGAUUGAUCAUAUUUAUAAUUCAUUUUUAUAUGACUGAAUAAACUGCAACCUUUAAAAUGCAUCUAUUUCACUGGAUUAAAAGGAAACACUUUCCAAAUCUGUCGGUUUCCUCUGUAAAAAAAAAAAAAACCCAAACCCACACAGAACUGCCAAUGAAAACAGACACAGAGGGUUCGUUUACCAUUCUUAUUUUUAUCAGUUUCAUUUUCAUUGAAGAUCGAAGCUGUACAUCCUGUCUAAAUUCAAGCACAGUGCAGAUAGCAACGCCUGCAAAAGAAAAUUAAAAAAGAAAAAAGAAGAAAAAAAAGGCAGAGGUGAUCACAACCAGAAAUAUAUACAAAGGUCAAACUAUGUACAGGAGAUACCAGACUCUCAUCGUGUGAAUUUAGUCCACCGUCUCAUUCACAUCAGAGCAUUCCUCAUAAUGCAUUCACAACACAAAGAAAUUGCUUCUUGUUGUCAGUCUUAAGAUUGAUACAAUACUGAUAGGAAAAAUGCAGCAUGACGAAAAAAA